GAGUAUGAUAUUAAGGUUUAUACCUCUCAGUUUAGAUGAUCGAAGAAAAAGUCUAGAUAAUUCAACUCAUUGCUUGAGUGAGGGGCACAAUGCACUACGUGCCAUUUGUCCUGCAACAGUGAACAUUAUUAUGGGCAUUGUGUCGCACUCUAAAGCAAAUGCAGUUGUGAGAAAAACUGGCAUUCAUUGUUUUGUUAUGAUGGUUCAAGUGCUGAAAAAGUCUUUGCCUGACCAGAGGCAGAUUGAAGUUGGGACCAUCAUCCAGUUAUACCAGGACUCACUGAUGGAACUAGUUACAAAUGAAUGGCAUGAAAAGUCAUCACAGACUCUGUGUGAGUUAGUGAGUGCACUGCGCUUGCUACUGGCUGACUCAUGUAUGCAGGAACACAUCCAGCAAGUGAUGGUGGAUAAUCACAUGCUGGACACUAUUAUCACCAUCAUUGAGGAGAGUGUGAGAUUUUCAUUCGAGAAACAAGUGCUGGCUUCAGAAUGUGUCAAAACUCUGACGUCAAUGCUAAUUGGUAGUUCUGUAGGAAAGGAAAGACUGGUGAAGACUUCCGGAUAUGAACGACUGUUCUCAGUUCUCAAAGGUGUUGGACCACCAUCAAAGGAACUGCUUCAUGCAUUCCUUGCCAUGGCAGCUGAAGAGGAGUUUUCUGAAGGGAGUAGACUCAUGAAUGCUGAUGUGCUGCUGCCACUGUUGAGAUUGCUUGGGGAUUUGGAUGAAGAUGAACAACAGUGGCUUGCAGGAGCUUUCUAUCAACUUAGCACAUCGAACAUUCCAAGCAAGACUCUAGCAUGUCAGCAAGGAGUCAUCCUGGCAGUAUGUGAGGCACUUGUGGGACACCAGAAGCUAAGUCAGAAAGCUGCCAAUGAGCUGAUAAAACUGCUGGAAGUACUGGCAUCUCACUCUAUCACAACAUAUGAAUUGAAGCAGAUUUUCCUCUUGCUCCGGGAGGAUACAGAUAUGAAAUUCCUGUACAGGAUACAGCUGUUGCAUGCAGUGUCCUCAGUAGCACGGAAAGGAGACAUUUUUGACUGUAGUAGCUACUUUGAUAUUCAGCAAGACUCAGAUGGCAUCAGUGUUCCAGGCAUCAAGAAGUGGCUGGGAGCAGGGUAUGGGUUCAGUUUUCACUGCUGGGUGCGGCUGGACUGCAUUGAGGAGCCCCAGUGUGUGAGCACCACCAACUACCGGCGUCAGUUGUUCAGGUUGCUGACAAGUGUUGAAACUGGGCCUGAAGCUUUCUUCCAACCUGAUGGAACGCUUGUGGUUGGUAUCAACACAAAGAAGGAAUUCCUGUCUGUGUCAGUGAUGGACUUUCCUCUCUUGGAUGGGCAGUGGCACUGUCUAGACAUAUGCCACAUGGCUGCAAGAAGACCAUUUGGACAGAACCAAUUAAUAAUAUACAUAGAUGGAGUGCAGAGAAUGGGAGCUGGUGUGAAGUCAGCUGCAAUGACAGAUCCUUUUACAUCUUGCAUAGUUGGCUCUGUUAUACAAAGACAUCAUAACUCCAGCAAUGCCACCAUGGAUGGCAAGUCAGGUGAUCGGGCAGGAUUCCUUCCUGGUGGUGUGAUGGAUCGAGGUCUUCUGCCAGCGUUCAUGAAUCAAGUGCCAAAUUACUUUACAUUACCUCUACGUUCCUCUGCACCCCUUGACCCUAACGUGAAGAGCUUCCCUGCUGGCAUGCAGGACACCAUAUGGGGCAUACCAACAAAUCUAAGGGGACAGGUUGGACUUGUCUGUCUCUUUCACGAGACGCUCACCGCACAACAAGUUAAAACUCUCUAUGAUGGAGGUCCCAACUGUCAUGCACUGUUUGCACUGGAGGAUGUGCCUGAAUUUCUGGAGUUGACGAGCAAGUUGGUGUUUUGCUUCUCUCCUGCGGCAUACUGGAAUAAUCUGUGUCUGGACCUGGCACCCACGAACAAGUACGAUGGACAUGUUGUGGCAGCUCACUGCCAGACACACAGCAUCAAGAAUGUGAUCAAUGGAAUUGGAGGGGUUCAUGCCCUAUUUCCUAUUUUGGAAAAUGCCUCAAAAUCAGAUGAAGGCCCUGACCUUAGCUUCCUCUCACCAUCUGUUGAAAAGGAGUGUCGUUUGAUUGAGGGUCAUGAAAGUUCCAUGGAUUCUGAUGAUUGGGAGAUCCUGCCUUCCAGCUCAUACUCUGACUGGAAACUUGAGCAGAACCCAGUGUCUGGAUUCCUGAGCUUGCUGAAGAAUAUUAUUGCUGGCAGUCCACUCAAUCAGGAGCAGUUGUUGAAGAACAAUGGAAUGGUGAUCAUUGGAGUUCUUCUAGCAAAGGCUAAACCACAUCUUAUUGAUGUGAAUGUGCUGAUGGCAGUGCAGCUGCUAGUUGAGAUGGCUCGAGACACAUCAAAUGCUAUGUUGCGUCAGGCACUGUUUCAGCAUGUACUUUUCAACUUCAAAAUUUGGUCCCAAAGCCAGUUUCACAUCAGGAUAGGUCAUGUGCAAUACAUCUCAACUGUGAUCAAGGAUGAUCGCAGAUAUUUUCGUAAGAAGUAUGGCAUUUCAUUUCUGCUGGAUGUUAUUCGUCAGUAUUAUUCAACAUGUGAACUGCUGAGCUCAGAUGACAGCAAGACAAUCCGUGUGUCACUGCUUGGUCUUAUCAAGUACUACAUGCAGAAAGAACUGAACAUAAAGGAGGUGGGGGCCAUCUUGGGCUUUCUGUCAUCAGUUAAAGAAGAAGUCCUGUUGCUGGAGGUACUGGAGAUGGUGAUUUCAUACAUGGAGAGCAAGAGCUGCAAGGACCAGAUAUUCCUACUGCUCUAUGAACACAGUUAUGCAGAAACCCUCUACUGCCUGCUUGUGGAGAAGGGCUUUAGUAUGCAACUCAAACAGAGGGUUCUCAAGCUGUUGUCAGUGUUGCUGCGGUCAGACCUGAUAUAUGAGAGGAACAAGUCUCGGCUCAGACUGCAGGAUGUGUCUGUGCUAGGGGGAAAUUCUGUGGGGAUGUACCCAGGGUUAAUUGCCAUGCUUCAAGACCAGCAGUUGUCAAUGGAGGUAACUGCCAUGCUGCUUGACCAGAUCUUGUCUACAGAUAGCAGUGGAGGAUAUGCAGGAGCACUGUCCUUGCUGCAUGCUCUGUCUUUGGCUGACCUUGACCUAAAGCUGGAAGCUGCACAGAAGAUACUAACUGCCACAUUCAUGAAGGCCAGUGCUCCUCACCACUUUGCUAAGCAGGUGGGCUGGCAGGACAGCAUCACUCGACUGCUUGUGAAACGACCUAUCAGCACUGCAAAUAUGCAGCAAAGUGAAUCUCUCCCUGACCUUAUGUCAUUUGAUGAAGAGAAUCUGGAACUUGAGAAUGCUUUGUACUCUCCAUCAUCAGUGUCGAGGCUUUCAGCACAGGUCACUGAUGCAGCACUGGUUCUGGAGAAUGAGAUUAAAGAGGUGGCAGAGACUGUGACAAAUGCUGUUGCGGACAACAUCCAUUAUGCAGCCGAUAACUUAACUUCGGUCGUUGCGUCCGCAUACUCAGUGUUCCGUCAGAAAACUGUUGAGAUGCAGGAGAGUCUGGAAGAACUAGGAGAGUCAGCUGUUUCCAGACUGAAGAAGCGCCGGAGUCUGAUCUCACUCUAUGAGACUUCCUCAGACCGGGAGUGUUCCCCAUCACCGUCACAGGCUUCUCCUCGCCCUGUCCGAACGCCACAGUUGCUUGCGACCCUUGGUUUAGAUCUUGAUACCAUGAGCUUGGGGAACAGGUCUGGAUCUAGCAGCAGCACUGAGGACCUGUCAUCACCCAACCUGAAUGACAGCUCUGCUUCCACCAAGGACAAUGUGAGCAUUGCAUCUGCCCAGAGCAUCUCUAAUGCCAGCAGUGAGGGAGAAGAGAAUGAGAGGCUUGUGGCUGUAGCACUCAAGCAGUGGAAGGAUGUCGACAUUGAGAAACUGGUAGACCAGGAGGACGAGCUCUGCUACCUGGUGGCAAACAUCCUGUUCACUGUGCUCUGGAGGGGUGUAGAUGGGGCAAGCAAGGAGGCCUGGAAGGAGCGUGGUCAAGUCAUGGCAUGUAUAAACCUCCUGGGACUGAACAAUGAGCUAUACUGCUCACACCUGCAAUUGAAGCUGCGGAUCCUCGAGAUGGGGGUGCAGGCCUCGCUGUCAGAUCUACGAGACUUGGGACAGACUAUGGCACUCUCUGUCCAAGCAGAAAAUGCUGCUCAGCUUAUGAGGUGGAUCUAUGAUCUUAUAGUUCUGGAUCCCAAUGAGGAUACUUCAAAGAAAACUUCUGUAAAGUUGCUGGAUGGAGUACUUGGCCUCCUGGAUACCCUCCUUGUGUUCCAGGAGGGGCCUGGUGAAGAGUGGACUGAGAUGGCUAAGAUGGCUUUUGGAAUACUGCUAAGUUGCUCUGCAAACAGAAACCUGGAACUUUGUGCCAUGGCAACAGCCAAGCUUCAUGCACUCAUACAGACUCGCAACAUGAAGGACCGUGAGGAGGGUGCCUUCCUGCUCUACUUCAUGAAUCACACUGUGCAGAGAACUAUUGAAGUGAACAACCAGGAGCACUACUCCUUCCUGAUUCCUGUAGUGAAAGCCUUGCUUGAGAAGCUGAGUGUCACUUUUGGGUUGGCAUCUCAUCUGCCAGAUCUGCCCCAGACACAGGCUGGCCCUGCCUUCUUUGAUGAUUUCCAGUCUUACUGUCAGGGGGCCCAGUGGAAGACGUUCAUGGAGAAAAAGGUGAGGCCGCUGCAUGACUCGUACCAGGCGGCGCUAAAUGGUCAGCUGACGGAGGCCAUGAACGUGUUCUGGGCCGAAUGUUACGAGGGUUCGAAGACCGCGGUUCACCGGCGGAACAGGGAGAUGGGCGAAAGCAAGCUACGCUUCCAGUCCCAGAUCAUGGCGCCGUUCCGCCUGCGGCAGGCAGAGGACACCGCCCGAUACAACAAUCUAGUGAACCAGCAGCGUAACCAGGAGCUCCUGGUGCUUCGCAAGUGGCGUCAUCUGAAGCAGUUCUUCAUCGGGCCGCGAGGAGCGUGGCGGUCAAGAUCGCCGAUAUCGAACCAUUGGAAGCUGUCUCACCAUGAGAAUUUCUCCCGCAUGAGGCUGAAACUGUGCCCCAACCUGAACUUUGACCAGCAUACUGAUGCGAGUAACCUCAGAGACAACACAGCCAACAUAAAACGAAACAGCGUCGGAUGGCUCAGCCGUGUGCAGUCGGCUGAGGAGAUUCCUUUGUCCUUCAGUAUCUCAUCGGCGGCGGUCCGCAGGGAGACCGAAGAGGACUUCCUUCCUGAGGAGGAGCUAAGGAUGGUGUCAGAGGCUGAGCUCAAGGGAUCUGAGACUUUGGGAAAGGAGAAGCUGAUUAUCCAACAGGAGUGCAAACUUGUGACUCUGAUGAGUGUGGUGCAUGGCCGGCUGGACCUCACAACAAGUCAUUUCUGCUUCUAUGAUCUCAGCCCUGUCAAGGAGGAUGUAGAGCGCCAGAACUUCAAGUUUGCUUUGUCGCAGCUGCGAGAAGUACACCUAAGAAGGUACAACCUCAGAAGAAGUGCACUGGAGUUCUUCUUAACGGAUCAGACAAACUACUUCCUCAACUUCUCUACAAAGACACGUAACAAGGUCUUCACCAGGAUUCUUAGUCUCAGACCACCAAAUCUUUGCCAUUACAGCAGUCGCACUCCAGCAGACCUUCUAAAGUCUACUGGGCUCACACAGAAGUGGGUCAACAGGGAGAUUUCUAACUUCGAUUAUCUCAUGCAGCUAAACACAUUGGCAGGCCGGACAUACAAUGACUUGUCCCAGUACCCGGUAUUUCCAUGGAUUAUAGCUGACUACACCUCUGAAGAACUUGACCUAACAAGUCCCUCCACCUUCAGAGAUCUCUCAAAGCCCAUUGGUGUUGUUAACCCCAAGAAUGUUCCAGAGGUGAAGGCAAAGUAUGACAGCUUUGAGGACCCAUCAGGCACGGUAGCCAAGUUUCACUAUGGCACGCAUUACUCAAACUCAGCAGGAGUGCUGCAUUAUCUGGUGAGGGUUGAGCCUUUCACGUCUCUCCACAUCGAGCUCCAGAGUGGCAGGUUUGAUGUUGCAGACAGACAGUUUCACUCAAUUCCCCAGACAUGGAAACUGCUAAUGGAUAAUCCAAAUGAUGUAAAGGAGCUGACACCAGAGUUCUUCUAUUUCCCAGAGUUUCUGAAGAAUAUGAAUGGCUUUGACUUGGGACUUCUCCAGGGAACAAAGGAACGAGUGAAUGAUGUGAUACUGCCAAAGUGGGCCAGCAGUCCAGAAGACUUCAUUUACAAGCACAGGAAAGCUCUCGAGUGUGAGUAUGUGUCUCAGCAUCUGCAUGACUGGAUUGACUUGAUCUUUGGCUACAAGCAAAAAGGACCAAAAGCAGUUGAAGCCCUCAAUGUGUUUUAUUACUGCAGCUAUGAGGGUGCAGUAGACCUGGAUGCCAUCUCAAACCCUGUGGAGCGGGAAGCAGUGGAAGGUAUGAUCAACAACUUUGGACAAACCCCCAGUCAGCUGCUGAAAGAACCUCACCCCCAACGCCUGUCUCUUGAAGACGCCGUCACUAAGAUGCUCAAGUCAGAGCUGAGGAAGGCAGACUUCACACUGUUCCUUGAUAAUCUGCAUCCAGUCUCUGUUGAGGUGUCAAAUGAAAAGGACCCUAUCGUGUUUAUAAGUGCCCCACGUUCCCCACCACGCAGCUUCCUUCAGGUGGGCCUAGCAGACACACUGCUGAGUGUAUCGAAGUUGGGUGUGGUCGGGGCACAUUCCUGGCAUCCACAUGACCGAUACAGCACCAAAGGCUUCACCCUCGAUGUUGAUCCCACAAUUAACAAUGCCAAGACAAGAAGAAAGCUGUCUGGUUCAUUUCACCCAAGCUUGCCACUCAGCAAUCACUUAUUUGUUGUCUCUCAUGAUGCCAAAUUUCUGUUCAGUGGUGGAUACUGGGACAAUAGCCUGCGAGUGUACAGCCUUGCCAAAAGCAAGACUGUGGCGUCUGUCAGGAGACACUUCGAUCUGGUGACUUGUGUUGCCCUGGACCAGUGUGGUUCGUUUCUUGUUACGGGUUCCAGAGAUACAACUUGUGUGGUGUGGUAUGUGAAUCAGCUGGGAACAGGCAGCAGUUCAGCCAUUCACAUGACUCCACAUCCUGUCCAGACACUGUACGGUCAUGACCAAGCAGUCACUUGUGUGGGCAUCAUGACUGAGCUGGACAUGGCUGUCUCAGGUUCACGGGAUGGCACAGUGAAUGUGCAUACAAUACAGGAGGGCCAGUAUGUGCGCACCCUGGAGCCACUGGGCUGUGAGGGAUUGAGAAUGGAGAUUACAUUCCUUGCCCUUUCUUCACAAGGACAUGUGGCCUUCUCUGCCACUGACAAGGCAAGUCACUCAGUACACAUGUUCUCUGUGAAUGGUGUGAACCUUGGAUCAAAAUAUGUGUCUGGGCGAGUCACUGGGCUCACCAUAGCAGGAGACCAUUUGGUGGUGGUUGAUGAUGCAGGAGAUCUCACCAUGAGCAGGAUUCUUGGGUUGAAGCCAGUCUACGAUAUUCCACUCCAUGUGCCAAUUCAGUCUAUAGUUGUGACUGCAGGGAACACUCAUCUUUUAGUGCCAACACGAGAUGGCAAAGUUAUAGUUCUUGGAGUCCUAAACAGUGUAGACACUAAGUAGACUGCAAGAUUGAUGGUAGGUUAGUGACAUAUUCAUUUCAAAGUAUUUACUUUAGUGAACAUGUGAAGAAUGUAUUUCAACAAAACUGUGCUGUAUGAAGUAAUUCCUAGCCUUGAAGCACAGGCGUCUGGCAGCCGAGGCAUCUAGAACAGAGAAAUUGAUAAAUGCUACCUGUAACCCUCAUACAACUACCGAGGCAUGUGUCGGACAUGCUGUGCUGACGUGGCUUGCAUCCAAGCAUGGAUCACGCAGAUUAUGACACUGAAAGGGUCCUGCAUCCAGCCAACAGGUAAGUUUUCCCCAUCAGCAUUGAAGUGAUGGUUAUACAGGAAAAACUUCCUUGCACAUAGUUUUUCACUAUUUGUCUUUGAAGCCAAGGGCAUCUAAUUUGUCACUAAGUAGCUACAGAGAGAAAUACCAUCUAGUGAAAACUUCGUAAAUUGUACAUCAGACUGAGCUAAUGCUGAAGUUCUAGAAUUUGGCUUUCAACAUCACUUCCAGCUCUGUCUGACACCAUGAACAGAAAGGCAAAUGCAGCAAGAAGUUUAUGAGCCCAGCUGUAUAGACAGUUGUGCCACAAUGAUUAUAACUAAAUGGUGAUGCAGUUAAAGCAGUGCACACUACUUUAGAUGUGGUGAGAUGUGAUAAGAAUCAAGAUUAUAGCAAUAUAAAUUAUUAUUACAUAUCAAUUUAUGAUAUGGUUGCUGGUCUAAAGAAAGUAUUGUAUAUUCUAUAAUAAAAACUGUUAACUUUUA